UGGAUCUUCCAGUGUGUGCUGGCUAUGCGACAUGUCUGCUUUUGGGGAACCUGAUGUUUGCUGCAGGUCUGGCACCGUCAUCGUCAGGUUUAGGUUUUGAAGCCGUCAAUGUUGGCCGGGACGUGACUUUGAAAUGCUCCUAUCAGGAAAAUUCUGCAAUAGGCGUUUACUGGUACAAACAAAGUCCGGGACGGAAACCACAGCUGAUGUCGGAAUUCUUGAAACAUGCUAGGAACGGCUCUAUGAAAAGUCCGUUUAACAACGAUCCACGGUUUCAACAGGAUACAGGCGUCGGCAAAAACAACUUGAAGAUCUCAAAUGUCCAGAUGUCAGACUCGGCCGUUUACUACUGUGUAAGUGGCCACUCGUUCCAGUUCGACUUCUUGGAGGGCAUCACUGUCCAGGUAAAGGACUUAGCAUUAAACCUCCAGACGUCAGUCUACCAGUCAGAACUCGAAACCAUUCAUACAGGAGAUUCUGCUGUGCUGAACUGUACUGUGCACACUGGGAUCGGCGAUGGAGAACACAGAGUUUAUUGGCUAAAAAACUCUGAUGAAUCUAAUCCAAGAAUCCUUUAUGCGCAAGGGGAAAGGAGAAACCAGUGUGAGAUUAAUCCAAACAGUCAAAGUCACACCUGUGUGUACAACCUGCCACUGGAGAACCUGAACGUGUCUCACGCUGGGACCUACUACUGCGCGGUCACCGCCUGCGGAUACAUCCUGUUUGGAAACGGGACCAAGCUGGACUACAAGGAACACCUGGAUUCUCCUGUCCUGCUGUACUUGUUGACAGGAACUUUGGCCUUCGUCGUUGUUCUGAUGGGUCUGUUGGCGUACACAUCCCACAAACUGUACAAGAUGAAGAAAUGCAAUCGUGAAGAUCCUCCAGAGAGAUCUUCAGCUGCUUCAGCUCCAAAAGCCCAAGAUUCUGCGGAGGCAGGUGACCUCCACUACGCUACGGUCAGCGAGAAGAAGAACGUCAUCAGCUCAAGGAGGCAGAGUGAAGCCAGCGAUGUGUGUACAUACUCUACUCUAAAGCAGUAGAGCCGGACGUGGCGAACAUGUGGCAUUCCUUCAUUUUGAAAAAAAAAAAAAAAAAGAAUAAAUAAAUGAAAUCCGACAUCCUCUACAGUAUCAAGCAAAUCCUCUCCAUGUUUCUGAUCAAUGUGUGUUGAAUAAAGAAGAAGAAAACCAACUGGUCUCAGUGUUGGGAGGUUUCAGGAAGAGAGCGUGCAACAACCUGGGCGACCUCGAAGACUGCAGAGGUGGCUCAGGGAACAUUUUACAGUAAAAACAAAACCACUGACAUUAUCUAUGGAUGUAGAGCAAGUCAAUAUGUGCUGAAGCGACCGGUGAGGUCGGCAACUCUUCACAGGCCGCGCAUGUUGGACCCCCCCCGUGCUAUUCGUGGUCUCUGGCAGGAAGUCUCUGCAGUCGUUUGAUGCCUUGCAGAUUCAAAGUGUGACUCUGACUAAAAAUACAAGAAACUCAAACCUGAGCGAAAACUAGUUUUUGAUAGAAACUGAGUUAAGUGACAACAUGUAAUAAAGAAACAUUAUAGAAGCUGUUCAACAUUUCUAAAGUUUUUUCAGGCUACUGUUUAUUUGUAACACUGAUGUAGAACGAUGAAAAAGGUCUAUAACCCCUUACAUACUUCCUGUUGUUGCUGGAUUUUUAAUUUUUUAUUUCAGUCGGACAAAGAUGAUCUGAGUAAAUGCAAAAGACAAUUUUUUACAAUAAAAAAAGAAAAAAACAAUCCUUUUGGUAAAGCUGAGUUAGGGGACUUUGUUGUGUUUGGCUACAUUUUCAGUUUUACCAGCCAACCUCAGGUUUGAUCACUUCCUGGUCCUAAGAAU